GCUUAAAUCUUCCCCCGCGAGGUUUCCGGAACGUCCGUUUCAGGUCCAGAUGGAUAAGAACACGAGGAAGGUCCGGAACCAGGACAGCAACCCCUGCAUCCAGGAGAGCGACGCGUCUCAGAAAUGUCUGGACAUCAACAACUACGACAAGAGCAUGUGCUCCAUGUAUUUCCAGAGAUACAAGAACUGCAGGAAGUACUGGCACGGCAUCAUGGUCCAGAGGAGGCGGGACGGCGUCCGGCCCGACAUGCCCACGGCGGCGGAGAGAGAGGAGAUGCUAACGGCGCUAGGAGGGAAGCCCUACUGAGGACGGACCUGGGGGCGGGGCCUGUUUCCGUGUGGGCGGGGCCUGGGCCUGUGGGGGCGGGGCCUGGGCCGAACAGAGGAAGUGAUUGUGAAGAGACUAUUCCUCCGUCUGUCCGUUUGUCCUGAAUAAAAACCAAACCUCGUACCUCGUCUGCAGCUCCGUUGUCAUGGUUUCCUGUCUGCCGUCGCCAUGGAAACGAGGAUCGUUCCCACUGAGGAAACCACGAGGAUUUUGGUUCUUUAGUUCCACAAGAUCACACUCUGUUGUUGAUACAAAUGUCCGUCUUUGAGAUCUUUUAAAAAAUGCUAUAUAAAUAAAAUUGAUUAUUAUUAGUGAUGCACCGAAAUGAAAAUUUGUGGCCGAAACCGAAACCGAAAAUAAUAAUAAACACUUGGCCGAAUACCGAACAAUACCCACAUGGUUCUUCACAGUUUUUCAUUUAUUUUGCCAAUUUUUUCACCAUUGCAUAAAUCAAAUACAUUUGAUUUAGGCUUUUCAAAGAAAAAAAUCUUUUACAAAAUUACAAGGUAGAAAAUAUUUAUUGAACAUAAAAAACUGAACAUGUUUUAAUUUCCAGCAUUAUGUUGUUUUGGUUCCACCUCCUGGUGAAUGUUGGUAAAAUUCUUAUGUGGUUACUUUUUGGUUGGCCAACGAUUUAUGUUUGUGGUGCAACAGUUACGGGAGUGGCCAGUCUAUUUCCUUAUUUUACAACGCCGUUAUUAAUUGUUCGGUUUUUUCCCACUUAUUCCACCGAACACCCAAAGUGUUUUUUUGACAUUUUCGGCCGAACAAUUUCAGUUACCGAACAAUCGAUGCAUCACUAAUUAUUAUUAUUCUAUGCAGAUGACACUCAUUUGGAGCUGAUUGAUUACGGCUUUUCUCCCACCAGGGGGUUUUACCUGCCAUUGUUUAUUUGAUGUUUAUGUAAUAAUUGAGUGUUCUGGUCUCUGGAAAGAUCCUGGAUCAACUUCAAUAGACACUUUUUAAAUAAAACUGAA